CGAGAGGAAUAAACGCUAAAUAAACCCCAACCAACAAAUCUCCAACCAUUUCCUUUCCAUUCUAGUGUUAACUCCACUCGACCCGAGAGACUGAGAUCCGACCCGACUCAGAAAUGUCUCUCCUUCUCCUUCUCUUUACCCUCCUCGCCUCCGCCUCCCUCUCCGUCGCCGAGAUCCGCUCCACCCAGAUCCGAUCCGACGCCCGCCCCUUAAUCCUCCUCGACGAGUUCGGCUUCACCCACCGCGGCCAGCUCGAGCUCAACGUCUCCCACCUCUCCCUCUCCGGAUCCACCCCCGACCCGCCGGAGCUCUCCAAGGUCGGAUUCUUCCUCUGCACCAUCGACGCCUGGGCGCACGUCCUCCAGCAAAUCGAGGAUGCGCAGAUCAAUUGCGUCCUCAAAUCCGACGUCAUCAAGCGCGUCUUCACCUUCGCUCAACUCCCCUCCCCCUCCGCCGCCGCCUUCAAUUUCUCCUACGCCGAGUCCUCCGCCGAUCAGUACACGCUCAUCUUCGCCAACUGCCUCCCGCAGCUCAAGGUCUCCAUGAACGUCCGCUCCGCGAUGUACAAUUUGGAAGGAGGCAGAUCCAACCGCCGCGAUUAUCUCUCCGCUGGUAAAACAAUUCUUCCUAGGGUUUACUUCCUGCUCUCCCUCAUCUAUUUUAUUAUGGCCGCCCUUUGGAUCAAUGUCUUGUACAAGAAGAGAUCGACUGUUUUUGGAAUCCAUUUCUUUAUGUUGGCUGUGGUAUUGCUGAAGACCUUGAAUUUGUUGUGUGAGGCUGAGGACAAAUCGUAUAUUAAGCGCACCGGAUCGGCGCACGGUUGGGAUGUGCUGUUUUACAUAUUCAGUUUUUUGAAGGGCAUCACGUUGUUCUCCUUGAUCGUUUUGAUCGGAACUGGAUGGUCGUUUCUGAAGCCGUAUUUGCAGGAUAAGGAGAAGAAGGUUUUGAUGAUUGUGAUUCCCCUUCAGGUUAUCGCCAACAUUGCUCAGGUUGUGAUUGAUGAGACAGGGCCGUUUGGGGCGGAUUGGAUCGCGUGGAAGCAGGUGUUCUUGCUCGUAGAUGUCAUCUGCUGCUGCGCCGUGCUUUUCCCCAUUGUUUGGUCGAUCAAGAACUUGCGCGAGGCGGCCAAGACUGAUGGCAAGGCUGCGGUCAAUUUGAUGAAGCUCACUUUGUUUAGGCAGUAUUACAUCGUGGUCAUAUGCUACAUUUACUUCACCAGGGUUGUGGUCUAUGCUCUCGAAACUAUUACUUCGUAUAAGUACUUCUGGACCAGCGUGGUUGCGGGGGAGUUGGCUACCUUGGCAUUCUAUAUCUUCACAGGAUACAAGUUCAGGCCCGAGGUCCAUAAUCCUUAUUUUGUGAUUGAUGAUGAAGAGGAAGAAGCUGCCGCGGAGCAAUUGAAGCUUGAAGACGAGUUUGAGUUAUGAGAGGAUGUAUCAUUUGCAUCCUCAUAGUGAAGAAUGCUCUCCCCCUUAUACAGCUCUUUGUAUGAGCUAUGAAUGCAGGUAUUGUGUUGGAUUAAAAACCACAGAUAUGGAACCAUUUACAUUGGACUUGAGAUCCGUACAGUAUGGUUAGCCAAUUUGCAGAUUUUCCCUCAAAUCCAACUUCUUUUUAUCCAAAUGCAGCAUUGAUAAGUUUAGACGUCAGAAUGGUGUUCUGUUUGGUACUUGGAUUUGUCUUUCAUUAUAGUUUGGUGUCCUUUCACUCUUAUACUUCUGUGUUGAGAGUAGAUGGUGAAUGUUAGAUUAGUAGAUCUACAGCAUUGCUGUGGUGAAGUUUUACAUUGUUUUGGGAUACAGUUACUCAUUGUUAUGCUACAUCAACACAUUAUUGGUGAUGGUGAAGAUUUGAAAUUAUUUUUUCCAAUCCAUCAUAGAUUAUUACAGCUGGGAA